UUCUCAUUCUAUUACUACUCUGUUCAAUCGGAAGAAAAUGGGUCAAAUCGCUAAUGGCAUUCCGUUCUUUGAGUUGUCUAACAACACCAAGAUCCCUUCUGUAGGUCUUGGCACCUGGCAAUCCGAUCCUGGUCUUGUUGGUGAUGCUGUUGCUGCUGCUAUCAAGAUAGGGUAUCGACAUAUUGACUGUGCUCAAAUUUAUGGGAACGAGAAGGAGAUCGGUUUAGUUUUGAAGAAGCUCUUUCAAGAUGGUGUGGUGAAACGAGAAGAUUUGUGGAUUACCUCUAAGCUCUGGUGUACUGAUCAUGCACCAGAAGAUGUACCCGUGGCACUAGACAAAACAUUGAAUGAUUUGGAGCUCGAGUAUCUCGACUUGUACCUUAUCCACUGGCCUGUCCGGAUGAAGAAGGGAUCUGUUGGGUUUAAGCCCGAGAAUCUUAUGCCGGCAGAUAUCCCUAGCACAUGGAAAGCAAUGGAAAAACUCUACGACUCCGGGAAGGCACGAGCCAUUGGUGUCAGCAAUUUUUCUACGAAAAAAUUGGGAGAUUUGUUGGAUGUAGCUCGCAUUCCCCCUGCUGUGAAUCAGGUGGAAUGCCAUCCUUCAUGGAAGCAAACCAAACUCCGAGACUUCUGCAAAAUCAAAGGCGUUCAUCUUUCUGGAUAUUCACCACUUGGUUCGCCAGGAACCUCAUUCAUGAAAAGUGAUGUACUCAAACAUCCGGUUCUAGCUGAAGUAGCGGAAAAAUUGGGAAAGACGCCCGCUCAGGUUGCUCUACGCUGGGGUCUGCAAAUGGGUCAUAGCAUACUUCCCAAGAGUACAAGCGAAUCCCGAAUCAAAGAAAAUUUCGAUAUUUUUGAUUGGUCGAUCCCCGAGGAUAUAUUCGCUAAGAUUUCUGAUAUCGAGCAGGCGAGGCUGCUGAGAGGUACGAAUUUUGUGGACGAGACUCAUGGUCAGUACAAGAACAUUGAGGAACUCUGGGAUGGUGAACUAUGAGGCCUAAAAUAGCUUUUUUCGCUCAGCUGCUAAAGAUUCCCGAUAGUUUUUCGUGUUUUCUAGUGAAAUCUGGGACACUAAUGUUGCGAAUGAUGGUUAUUUUCUGCUGUUAAAGUUUCAAAUUUUCUGCUGUUAAAGUUUCUACCAGCUAUACAUUCUGCUUCUGCA